AUGGAGAGCAAGAAACAGCAUGGGUCAGACCGGCAGUCUGGCAUCCAUUCUACCUUCGAUUGCGUCUGCUGCUGCGAUGAAUACAGCUCCGUGCCAAUUCACAUACAAGACAACGCUGUGUGCCUCGAGUGUUUCAGCACUGGUAUAGUGCCGCAAUUUGAGGAUGCGCUCAAGGACGAGACGAAAUAUCCACCGCUUUGGGCAGGGCAUGAGCUCAAUCUACAGGACUAUGCGGACCAUGUGCCCGCGGACUUACUCAUACGUUGGAAUGAGAAGAAAGAGGAGUAUCUGACCCCAGUACAGGACCGACUGUACUGCAGCGGCACUACCACUACAACGGCGACGCCGGGACACAGACAUGAGCUCGCGUCCCAAUCCUGCGAACAUUCGACGACUCAGCAAAAUGGCGAGAACUGUGGUGCGUUCCUGGGAAGUAAGCGAAGCAUUCGACGCUCUGCUAUCGCACCUUCUUGCACAAUCUGUUCCUCUGAAGUCUGUUCCAAAUGCAGCAAGGUGCUCUCCAAGACACGAGUCCACGACUGCGAGCUCGAUGCCGAUGAAGAUCCUUUCAAGGGACUGGUUCGUGGGAGAGACUAUCAGCAAUGCCCAAAGUCAUCAUGUCAGAUCAAGAUUUCACUCAUGGAUGGUUGCAACUUGAUACGAUGCAAGUAUUGCCAGACCGAUUUCUGCUUUGUGUGUGCCGAAGAAGUUUCCCACCUGAGUGAACAUUGGAAAGUCGGCAAACCGUGCCCAAGAUUCGGCUUUCCCGGCUCAGGGACAGAGAUGCACGAC